AUGGCACGUAUCUGGGAUCAAGGGCGCACCGCCCAGGGGGACAUAUGGGGGCAAAUGUUCCCAGACGGCACCCAUUUAGUCAUGUGGGGACCAGAAAACUGCCCCCCACACCCCUCCUCCUUCCCCCUGGGUCCCGCAUGUCUGGUGCUCUCCAGGAAAGGAAGGGCCAGCCCCAUUGCAGAUAGUGCACUGGUCCGGCCUUCUCAACCACCUCUGGACCAACCACCUCUGGGCCAACCCCGCUGCUGCCCCAUCCUUUCCCAAGCAAACGUGAUGCGCCUUUACCAACGCUUCCAGGCCUUGGAUAAGGAUGGAAAAGGCUAUCUCAGCAAGGAUGACUUCCAAGGCAUCAGAGAACUAGCUGUGAACCCCAUCGGAGACCGGAUCAUCAAUUCUUUCUUCCAAGAUGGGAGAAAGAUGACCGAUUUCCGAACGUUUGUCCAUGUUCUGGCCCACUUCCGGCCUGUGGAGAGAACUGGAGGUUCAGAGAAUAUAAACAGCCGACUUAACAAACUGAAAUUUGCUUUUCAGCUCUAUGAUCAAGACAAGGAUGGGAAGAUAUCACGAGCUGAACUGCUGCAGGUAAUUACCGUGUGUGUGCAAAUAAAGGAAAAGGCUAGCGGAAAAUGGGCACAAUG